AUGACACUUAGUGAAGCGUGGAAAGAUCACAAACCGGCAAUGCUUUGGUCCAUCGUAUUGGGUGCUACAAUCAUUAUGGAAGGUUACGAUUGUAUUUUGACAAGCUCUUUUUAUGCCUACCCUCAAUUUAAGAAGGUUUUUGGAGAUCAAAUAGUCGCUAAAGAUGGGUCAAUUCUGUACGAAUUAGCCACUAGAUGGCAAAUUGGUCUUGGAUGUGCUAGCACUGUUGGGACAAUGAUAGGUGUCUUCUUCAAUGGUUAUUUGGCAGAAAGAUUUGGUCACAGAAUGGUGAUUCUUGUGAGUUUGACUUUUAUGGCAGGAUUUCUCUUCAUUGUGUUCUUCGCAAAAACAAUAGAAGUUCUUUUAGUUGGUCAAAUCUUAUGUGGUAUUCCUUGGGGAAUUUUUGCUACAAUGGGUAUAUCUUAUGCAUCGGAAAUACUUCCACUCCAAUUAAGAGGUUAUCUUACAUCAAUUAUUAACCUAUAUUGGGCUACAGGUCAAUUUGUUGCAGCUGGGGCUUUGCAAGCAUUAGUGAACAAUGAUACCAAAUGGUCUUACAAAAUUCCAUACGGUCUACAAUGGAUGUGGAUUCCACCUUUAUUUAUUAUGACUCUAUUGGCUCCAGAUUCUCCUUGGUAUCUAAUUAGAAAAGGAAAAAUCGAACAAGCUGAAAAAUCUAUCAAACGUUUGGGUUCCAAAAGAAUUGCAGAUAAAUCAAAAACAACUCUCGCAUUGAUGAUUCAUACUAACAAGCUUGAAAAGGAGCAACAGUUAGCAAAUCUUGAAUCAACUAGUGGCUGGAAAGGUUAUAUUCAAUGCUUUCAAGGGGUUAACUUGCGUCGAACAGAAAUAGUUUGUAUUGCCUUUGCUGGUCAAGUUCUAUCUGGUUCAACUUUUGCUUAUUCUCCAAGCUAUUUUUUUUCACAAGCUGGCUUGAAUAGCAGCGAAACAUACAAAUUAAAUUUAGGUACAACUGCAAUCGCAUUUAGUGGAACUGUAUGCUCUUGGUUUCUCUUAGCAAGGUUUGGAAGAAGAACAAUCUAUGUCACAGGUUUUGCUUUUCUUGUCUUAUUUUUGUUUUUAAUUGGUGUUUUAGCAAAGCCAGCGGAAUCAAAUGGUACAGUGAAAUGGGUUCAAUGUGGUUUAACUAUGCUUUGGGUUAGUACCUAUGCUUUAACGAUUGGUCCACUUGCUUUCACAAUUUCUGCUGAGAUGUCAGCAACGAGAAUUAGAUCGCAGUCUGUUUGUCUUGCAAGAAAUUCCUACAAUCUUGUCAAUCUAAUUUCGUACAUUGUUGAACCCUACCUUAUUAACCCAGGAUCAGCAAACUUGAGGGGGAAGACUGCUUUUGUUUGGUUUGCUACAGCACUUCCAACUUUUAUUUGGAGUUAUUACAGGUUGCCUGAAACAAGAAAUAGAACUUACGAAGAACUUGACUUGUUGUUCGAGAAAAGAGUUCCCGCUAGACAAUUUGCAAGUUAUGAUCUUUAUUCAGGAGAUACUUCUGAAAUCGAAAAGUUUGAAGAAUAA